AUGCCUGUUUCGCAUCUCACCCUGACGGUCUCGAACCUCCCUCAAUCAACGUCCUUCUUUCUUUCGUGCCUGCAGCCCUUGGGCUAUCGGUUUAUCGGGCGUCAUGAAAACAGCAUUGGGUUCGGUGCUGAGCCGGGAAAGCCAGCGGACUUUUGGAUAGCCGAAGAAAGACCAGGUAUUCCAGCUGGUGCAGCGCACAUUGCAUUCCCCGCUCCGUCCCGAGAGGCUGUCGGUGCAUUCUUCAUUGCCGCGCUCAAGGCUGGAGGAAAGAUUCACGGAGAGCCAUGCUUGCGGGAUGCAGAGCAGGGUUAUUACAGCGCGGCAGUCAUCGAUUUCGAUGGAAACAGCAUCGAAGCCGUCAACCGGGCGGUUGAGAUGAAGGAGAGUGAAAGAUCAUUGGCCAUGGUUGACAAUGCGUCCUACGUCUCGAGAGCAGUCUCGACAAAGAGCCGGUAUCCCAGGUCAGAGGUCGGAUCUGUUGCGCAAAAGUCUUCUGCAGGAAGUGUGCGGAUCAGCGAACAGAAGCCCAGGUCGACGGUUUCAACUGCAAGACAACCGACAAUUCAGUCUUCCUAUCAGCCAUCAACUAUGCAGCCGUCCAUCCAGCAACCCACCCAGGUCCAGGCGCAGACCAUGACAAAACCCGUCGAUAACUUGAACGGCGCGAAAGCAGUCGUGGGUACGCUUCUCGGUGCAGCAGCCGGAGCAGCGAUUGCAUAUGCCAUGGUCAAGGGAGAGUCGCAAUCACAAGCGGAGUCCGCUCCGCCAAAGUAUACCGAGGAGCCCAUGGCGUACCCGGCGGAAAAGGCCCCGACGGAAUACAGGGCCAUUGAGGCAGCGCCCCAGAGGGCGAUGUCGAUGGACGAUGGCAUGUCUGCAUAUGCUCGCACAACUUACUCAAAGAACCCCAGAGCAAGUACCAUCUUCGAAGGCAUCGAGCAAUGCACACAGCUGUUCAGCAAAGCAGCCAGUCUAGCCGGAGGCAACAGCAGCCAGGCUCCUCCCAUGGAGGCUCGCCGUGCUUCAAGCGGCAGCGUGGUGUACAGCGCUGGAUCCAACGCCGAUAUCCCCAUUCGCGCCAUCGAGGGCAUUCCGGUUGACUACGACGACCAUGCGACGGAAAUAUCUUACUACAACAAGAACCCCAGUACUUUCAUCAGCAACUUCACUGAGCGUCCCCGCCGCCGCUACGAAGAGGACCGACGAAGCAGCUACUCCGGCCACAGCAGCAUCGUCUCCUCCUCCACCGCCAAACCCCCGAAAUCAACGCACUCCCGCCCUGCCUCCUCUCACCACUCCCACUCCUCCCGCUCCAUCAUCACCAUCAACGACAUCUAUGACAAGUCCUCCUCCAGCACCACCUCCUCGUCUUCUCCCCGCAAACCCACCGCAUCCGUCUACUCCUCCACCCACUCCGCCCGCAACAUCCCGCUCCCCAGCGGCUCCAUCACCACCAUCUCCGCCUCCACCACCGCCCGCAGCAAACGCAGCAGCGCCACCGCCAGCCACCACUCCCACGCCUCCAGCGCCAGACACGUCCCCCUGCCCGCCAGCAUCUCCGGCACCAGCACCAUUUUCCUCGACGACGUCGACGUUGACUCCCACGUCACGCUGCCCACGGUGCUUCCGGACGGCGCGAGUCGGGUUUCGCGCAAAGGGUCGCAUGCGCCGUCGACGGCGUCGCGGAGACGGUCGCGGUCCGGGUCGCGGAGGGGGUCGAUGGUGAGCGUGAAUAGUUUGCGGAGUAGUAAGUUUGACGAGCCGGUGUUGCCGAGUGAUAGUGUGAGUCAGGUGGGGAGCAAUGCGGCGUAUUCGACGGCGUCGAGGAGGAGCGGAAGAAGCAAGCGAUGA